AUGGCAGCAGGUGAUAAUACUCAUCGCCUUUGGCAGCAUCAGCCAGUUCGCAUGGGCGAGAACAAGGAAUGGACCAAUGAAGAGCUGAAAAUUUUACACGAUUGCAUUAAUCGAUUUGGUGUAAGCGACAACUGUGUAUUCAGUGCAACGAGAAGUAUCGAGAGGCGUUCGAUGCUCGAAAUACGCGAUAAACUAAGUGAAAUUGGCGAACUGACCCGACUCAGGCGGCAAGUACGUAUCGCUGCCCGGAAGAACACAUGGCUGAAGGCAGUCACACCACCAUCCCAGGCCUCCGAGUGUUGGUCAGAUGCGCUGAGCACCAUCCAGAAAUCAAAGCAACGAAACACGGAUUAUUCGGACGCUUCUCUUUUGGUAAAAGUUUCAUUUUUGCAGGAGUAUUUAGGACAUGAAAUUAAAUGUCGACCGACGUCGACGGAAACGAGGAAACUUUUCCGGGUGACAGAUUCGACCUACUGUCGCGGUGCUGGCAAAGCAGAACUGAUCGAUUGCUCUCACUAUUAUCGUUAUUUGCAAUCAUGUCUUUCUGGAUCAAGCAAAUUUGAUAACAUCAAGCCACUCAGUUAG